AUGACUGUCACUGUGCCUGAAGUCAUCAUUGUUGGCCAAACACGAUAUCGUCAUUUUGCCCGCGGCUCACAGGAUUUGUACGCACCGGAGACUUUACUGCCAGACCCACCGCCGCAGCAUGUCUGGUGUUAUUGUGUAUCUCGAGAACACAACAAUACAGUCUAUUUCCACAAUGAUAGCAGUAGCACUUCUCUUUGGGUACUACCAGACAUUGAAUCCACAAGAAAUACAAAUAAAGAUAAUAAUAAUAAUAAUGAUAAUGAUGAAAGAAGAAAAAAAGGAAAAGAAGAAACCACUAUGCAGGCCAUUGGCUCUGUAGAGUCUGCGGUAUCUAAACAGAGACGCAGUACAUCAAUGUCUGUAGCUGAGGAAACCAAUAUGAGUGAUACAGAAAGAAGAGGACGUCGUACAAUAAUGCAAGAAAGUAUUGCCAAAGCAGUUCAACAGGCAUUAGAGAAAAAUCAACCCAAUACAAAUACUAUCGUGAAAACAACUUUUGUUGAUAAUAUAAAAGAAAGUAAUAAUAAUAAUAAUAAUAAUAAUAAUAAUAAUAAUAAUAAUAAUAAUAACAAUAAUAGUGAUGAAAUAGGAGAUAUGAUGCAUGUUCGUGAUAGACUCGCUCUCUGGCGUGCCAAGCGAGAUCAACGACGACAAAGUGGAUCUCAACAACGAUCAGCCUCUUCCAAUACACAACGUUCAUCUUCAUUUAUAGUAACAGGAGUAACAGGUAGUUACAACAAUAACGAACGUCCUCCAUUAUAUACUAAACAUCAAAAUUUAGAAACUUCUUCUCUUGUUCUUGCUGGGGAUUCACGUACUCCAUAUGAUGGGAGGGAAAAACAUGCGGUAUCUGUAGAAAGAUCUCUUUCAAGUCUCUCUCAGGAGCAACAACAACAACAACAUCAAUAUCAACAAGGAAAAGAAAAAGACUCCAUUCCACUAGAGCGAGAUGAAUAUGAUGAGAAGAAACUUUUGUUCCUCAAAGCAAAUGAGGAACUUCAACGAGAAAAAGAAGCCUUAUUACAAAAAGAACGUCUUGCCGUUCAACGUGCACGUCGAUUACUGGAAGUUCAACAACAAGAGGAAGAAGAACGAACACGGUUAGCAACAGAGAGACGGAUGCUUGAAGAGAGACGUGUGGAACUGCAAAAACGAUCUAUUGAACGACAGAAUGAACUUCUCGCUAAAGCAGAAGAACAGGCAAUACAGCAAGAACUCAUUUCACAACUAAAUAGUUUUACAGAGAAACAACGGCGGCUUACAGAGAAGAUGGAAGAAGAAGAACAACGUGUCGUAUCAUUUGAAAAGGCCAUCACGAAUUCCCUUUUAGCUACCAUCUCAAAAGAGAAGAGUGAACCAGUGAAAGAACGACGUAUUGAUCUUCGUCUCAUAGAGGAAUCUGAAGAUGAUGAGAAUGAGAAUGAGAAUAAGAAUGAUGGCAAUAAUAAUCCACAGGUCAAUCAGCAGAAAACCCAAACGAAUAGAUCUACUAUCCAACAACGUAAACAUCCACAACAACAAAAAGAUGAGAAAGAAAAAGGGAAAUCUAAACAAUCUACUCGUAUCGCAUUUUCUCCUUCCUUAAUGUAUGUUGGAGAUGUAACAGGUGGGGGACGUGAUGUGCCUGAGUUUCUCUUACGUCGACAUGGACGUGGUAAAUAUUUCUACGAUGCCGCACAGAAAACAUUCUUUGAAGGUGAAUGGAAAGAUGAUAAGAGGAACGGCCAUGGUGUUCUCUCUCUUCCACAUGUGGCGGUAGAGGGUGAGUGGCGUGAUGAUAAACUUAAUGGUCAUGCCACCUUUCAAUCACAACAUCUCAAAGGAACUGCAGAGUUUGUAGAGGAUGUGAUGGACGGAAACGCUAUUGUAGAGUUGGAUUGUAAUAGUGUUUUUGCGGGAAAAGUAAGGAAGAAUGGUACAGUGAUUGACUCUGGUGCCAUUACACUUUCCUCUGGUGAUCAUGUAGAGUGGAUAGUGGAUGAAGAAAAUGAAAAAAGACCCCAAAUAUCACGUCAUAAUAAUAAUGAUCAUAAUCAUAGUAAUAAUAACAAUAAUAAUAAGAACCCCAAUCGUAACAAGAAAGAAAACGAUACACAUGGGAAUAAUGGUAGUAAUAAUCAUAGUAGUGGAACUGGUAGGUGUCGUAUUCAAUUUUCAAAUGGUGAUGUCUUUAUUGGACACGUUGAAAAUUAUCGUCCACAUGGAACCGGUUCCUACCGUUUCGCAUCUACGGCUCAUGAGUAUGUUGGGGAUUUUUAUCAUGGUUUUCUGCAGGGACACGGUACUUAUCGGUUUGCCAAUGGGAAUGUGUACAUUGGUCAGCUUUACAAGGGUCUCUUUCACGGUGAGGGAGAGUAUGUACAUCACGAUGCCUAUACAUAUGAAGGAUCAUGGGAGUACGGCACCGCACAUGGAAAGGGGAAGUUAACAUUUGCGAACGGUGAUGUAUGGGAAGGAGAGUUUGAUCAUGAUAAGCGUCUUUCAGGACGGUAUACAGCAUCAAAGCUUUUUCAGUUGUAA